AUGACUGCGUCUACCUGGGACGAUGGCGCCGGUCGGUCGCUCCUUCCAUCACUCCUUUUGACACCGCUGACCUUCGCAACAGACAACUCGGGCUUCCGCCCCGAGAAUGUCAGCAAGCACGAUGAGGGUACUGCUGGCUUCGGUGACGACUCCAAUGGCGGCCCCGCUGGCGUUGGCGACGAUGAUGACAGCUGCCGCAUCUGCCACGAGACCGGCCACUACGCCCGCGAAUGCCCCGACAAGCCUGAGGGCAGUGGUCACAUCAAGGCAGACUGCCCAGUGGCGGCCACCGUCACAUGCAAGAUUUGCAAGGAGGAGGGACAUUCCGUCGAGGAAUGUGAGAUGAACCGUAUUCACAAGAUGUUCAUCGAUGCGGGCGUCAAGAUCAUGACUGCUGAUGACGCUUGGCGCGAGAUUGAGGCGGCUGACAAGGACCGUGAUAUCGAAGACUUCAAGGUGGCUUUCAAUGCCUACUCUCUGGCGUGCCCGGACAUCACCCUUGAGGAGAUGGAAGCCGCUCUCCGCGCGUUCGGCGGCAACACUCACCUCAUCGCCAAGCAGCAGGAUGUCGCCGACACACAGACCAUCGUCAACCUUCAGGGUGUCCCCGGUCAGGAGUUUGUGGUCUCCUUCCAGCUAUCCAGCAAGCCACGCCGCRAGCACUUCGCCGAGGGCUGGCCAUCAAGCUCCGAGGAGAACGACGAGCGCCUUGCCAAGGCUGGCUUCGUCAUGGACGGCUUCGUCCAGAAGUGUCGCAACUGCGACCAGAUUGGUCACCUCAGCAAUGCUUGCGAGGAGGAGAAGAAGGAGAGCCGUGGCAAGGUCGUCGUCAACUGCAGCAACUGCGAGGAGCCUGGUCACAUCGCGCGUGACUGCACUGCUCCACGCAAGAUCAACCGCAACGGCUGCAAGAACUGUGGCUCCUUUGAGCACUAUCCCAAGGACUGCACCGAGGAGCGCUCAGCUGAAGGCGUUGAGUGCAAGAAUUGCAAUGAGAUGGGUCAUUUCUCGAAGGAUUGCCCGAGCCGUGUGGAGCAAGUCUGCUUCAAUUGCCAGCAGCCUGGCCACCGCAAGCCUGACUGCACGAACGAGCGCGUGGUCAAGUGCAAGAACUGCGACGAGAUCGGCCACAUCAGCCGAGAGUGCAAGAAGAAGACCGACUGGACCCGCGUGGAGUGCACCAAUUGCAAGGAGAAGGGUCAUAGCUACAGACGCUGUCCCAACCCAGCCAAGACUGAGGAGGAUGCUGGCGACUUUGGCGAUGGCGGUAGCGGCGGAUUCGACGAUCCCGCYCCUGCUGCUGGUGGCGGCGGUGGUGGAGGCUGGGAGGACAGCGGCGAUGCGGCUUCUGCUGCUCCUGUUGGCGAUGCCGGUGGUUGGGGUGCUCCUGCCGAGGCCCCAGCUGCUCCCGGCUGGUAG